GGGGCGGCCACCCCACGAGUCCGCCGCGGAGCCUCGAGCCGUGUCCCCGUCCUGGGGCGCCCUCCAGGUGUCCACGGGAUGUGAGACCGUGGCGUCUGGAUACUGAUUUGCUGAGUCACUCGCUGCACUUCCUCCGGGGCAGCUGUUUCAUGAAAAAGGCUCAUCGGGCCCCGAGGUUCAGGGGCCAGUGCUCGUCCAGGGGCCUGCGGGGAGGAGCCCCCAGGGCGGGGCGGUGGCGGACAGAGCCGACUAGAUUAACUCAGUGUGCCUGCUGGGUCCAGAAGCAGGGGUCCCCGGCCAUUUGGGCGCCCCCAGACCCGCCUGUGCUGGCGGCUCAUGGGGAGGACGGUGAAGCACUGCAGGCACUGGGGCCCAAGUUUGAACUUGACUGUGCGUGGGGAGAGGGACCCGAAGUCGGCAGGGAACGGUCUGUGGCAGCGGGCUGUUGGAGACCCAGCGUGGAGGGUCCCACAGACCUGGUGAAAAUGCAGGCCCAGUGAGGAGCGGGAGAGUGAAUACGGGUUGCAGGUUCUGGAGGACACAUGCCAGCGGCAGAACUUCAACCCCAGCGAGUACGAUCUGAAGUUUCAGAGGAAUGUGCUUGACCUCUCUCUCCAGUGGAGAUUUGCCAAUCUGCCCAAUAAUGCCAAGCUGGAGAUGGUGCCUGUGUCCCGGAGCCGCGAGGGGCCCGAGAACAUGGUUCGCAUCGCUCUGCAGCUGGACGAUGGCUCAAGGUUGCAAGAUACUUUCUGUUCGGGCCAGACACUCUGGGAGCUUCUCAGCCAUUUUGCACAGACGAGAAGGCAACUAAAACAACAGCAAAAGAUUUUACAGAGGUGCAACUCAGCCCAGGCAAUGGCAGUAGCAGCUCGCGGGGAGUGCCUGGAGCAGCCGAGCGAGGCCAGCCCGGUCUGUGUGUACAUGCGGAACGAGGUGACGGGCAGAGCCUCCUUGCAGAGCACGACGCUGAAGUCUCUCGGCCUCACCGGGGGCAGCGCCAUCAUCAGGUUCGCCAUGAAGGGAUGCGAGCAGGAGCCUGGGGCUUCCUGGGCCAAGACCCCACGGAGCCCAGCCCCCUCCCUGUCUGCCGAGCAGGCCCCCGGCGGCCCUCCGCUCCCGCUGAAUACCGUGGGGCUCAGCCAGGGUGACGUGAGCCCCCAGGACGAAGAGGGCAUCUCCGGGGCCGGCCGCGUGGACGCCCAAGCGAAGCAGGCGAAGGAGCCCGCCCCCGCCGCCGCCCGCUUUGUUCCUUUCUCGGGCGGGGGCUGGCGACUGGGGGGCCCGUCGGGGUCUGCCAGAUCUCUGACAUCCCCCUCGGCCAACCUGCCGAAGUCCUUCUCCAGCCCGGGAGGCCCCUCCAAGCCGAAGAAGUCGAGGCCCGUCCAGGAGCCCCAGUCAGAGCCCGAGCCGCCUGUGGAUCGGGACCCUGUGGUGUGCCACCCGGACCUGGGGGAGCUGCUCCAGGCCUGGCCUGCGGAGCUGCCGGACGAGUUCUUCGAGGUGACCGUGGACGACGUGAGGAGGCGCCUGGCCCAGCUCAGGAGCGAGCGGAAGCGGCUGGAGGAAGCGCCCUUAGUGACCAAGGCCUUCAGGGAGGCCCAGAUGAGGGAGAAGCUGGAGCGGUACCCCAAGGUGGUCCUGAGGGUCCUGUUCCCUGACCGCUACAUCCUGCAGGGCUUCUUUCGCCCGAAUGAGACAGUGGGGGAUCUGCGGGACUUCGUGCGAAGCCACUUGGGGAACCCUGAGCUGCCGUUCGAUCUGUUCAUCACUCCUCCCAAAAGCGUCCUGGAUGACCACACGCUGACCCUCUUUCAGGCAAAUCUCUUCCCUGCUGCCCUCGUGCACUUUGGAGCUGAGGAACCAACAGGCCAGUUCCUGGAGCCCAGGCUGCUGGAACACACCGUCUCCCCAUCUGCAGCUGACGUGCUGGCGGCCAGGUGCAUGUCCAGGGCUGCUGGGGCCCCACCCCCGACGCCAGCCCCUGACCCUGGACCCCUUGAGGUGGAGCCGGCGGCUGAGGCAGCGGCCGUGGAGCUUCCUGAGCCCAGCCCCGGGGCGGCCCAGCCGGUCAGGAGGGAUCUGGGCAAGGUGCCCAAGUGGCUGAAGCUGCCAGCCGGCAAGAGGUGAGAGCCGCCAGCCUGGAGGUGCCCCGUCUGCCAGCCGCGGGGCCCUCCCCACCGUGAGCGGGAAUAAAGGUGUGAGCUGCUCUC